AUGCAGCUCUCUGAAUUUCUCGAAGCAAUCGCAGCUCCUCAGUUGAUAACUUGCCGGCCCCUUUCUACCACAAAAACAAAUAACCUCGUACAUCCCCGUGAGCAUCUCCCGGAUUUGACCGAAUGGACGGGAAUUAAGAGGGAUAUCAAAAAGCUUCUCGAUCCAAAGCUUAGUUUCGAGUUAGCGGAACCCGGCUGGUCCGAUUUCAUUCGAACUGAUACAGGCCGAGCUACAUCCUGCUCGGACGAAAAUGGCGUUAGCGCUCUUGGUACUAAAGCAUACGAGAACCCGGCUUUGGUAAUAUUAGAGGAGUGUUUCGGGAUUGUUGGUCGUUUCUGUUACCACGGGGUCGGUUGUGAUUUAGGUGACGCUGACCGUGUGUUUGUAAUCCAACCCAAUCCAAGAGAACGAGGUAAAGGGAAAUUCGUCCUUGAAUGGGAAGCCCCCUGGGCGUUGGAUACGCCGGAUAAUCUUAUCGAGGAGUUCAACAGCGGGCGUCUUAGCAAUGGGAGACCUACCAAGCUUGUUAAAGCAGUUAGUCAACUCUAUGGCUACAUGACAUUUAACAACAUGAGGAUCGGGGCUCUCUGUAAUUAUGAGUCGCUAUACUUGUUUCAACGCGUCGGCAGCUGUGGAUUCCAGGUAUCACCACCAUUCAAAUUCUCAGACCGAGGGACCGAAAGCCCGGUGGCAGCUUUGGUGUAUAUUUGUCACCAGGUUGUUACCGUAGGGUCUUUCCACCACUCACCGAUCGAACAAGGGCCGCCAGGAACCCAUAUGUUGAAUAUUGAGGAUUUCGUCGUUCGGGGGACUUGGAAGGAAAAUGGCAAUACAGAAAUCUUGUGGGAACAAAUACAUCUAUACCUCGCCGAACGGGUAACGGGGAACAGAAGGUCGUGUUUAAAAUUUACGAAAAGAAUACUGAAAUCAAGGAGAAAGCUCCUGACAAAGACAUGA